AUGGAUAAUAGUUUGUCUCAAAGGGCUAUUCUUGCCCAGUUCAACAAAACGCACAAUAUAGCAGACAUUCAACAGAUCGUGGCGAUGCGUCGAGAAGAACUCAAUCUUGCGCCGGCGGCCAGCUUGGAACGCUCACAAAUACUGCUGAAUCUCGGUAUUGCUCUCCACGUUCGAUUCAUCUUGGACGGCUUGCUACCUGACUUGGAAGAAGCUAUACUACUACUCCGCCAGGCACUGCCUCUUUUACCUGCUUCAAAUCCCCAUCGAUUACAUGUACUUCAAGGCCUCGCUUCCGCAUUGUCCACACGAUUUCAACAGACUGGGAGACUUCCAGAUUUGACAGAUCCUAUCGCUAUGCUUCGGGAAGCUCUGCUUUUGAUGUCUGGAGCUGACCUCGACCGCCCGGCAGCUCUUCGCGACCUUGCUAUUGCCCUUCUUAAUCGCAACAAGUGGCAUAAUGGUCGAUGGGAUAGUGCAGACAUGGUCGAAGCUAUCAAUUUGCUCCGAGAGGCCUCGGCCUUACAGCCUGAACUCCACGUAGACGGGCGAAUCUUUCUGCAUCAACUCGCUCGAGCACUACGGUUCCAAUACUUGCAGUCCUCCGCUCAAAAUGAUGCACUCAUCCUUCCUAACCUCCCCAUUUUGGACGAAGCAAUUCAGAUUCAUCGCGACGCCCUCGAGGAGAUCGAGGAGAGCAAUUCCAGCAUAAGCAACUCGGAUCACUCUCCUGCGCUGUUCAGUCAUCUUGCGCUAGCCCUUCAGACCCGAUUUGCUGCAACGCGUCUCGAGAAGGACUUAGAAGAGGCUAUCGCUUUGCAUAGGAAGGCAAUUCAACUCCUUCCCGGUCAAAGCCCCGAUGAAUCCGAACUUCUCACCAAUCUCGUUGUGGCCUUGCACGCGCGAUACGAGAACAUUAGGCAGCAUGAUGACUUACUGGAGGCAAUGUCCACACAUCAUGCUGCUCUUCUCUUGCCGGCUCGACGACGCCUAGGUCAUUCCUAUUCUUUCAAUGUCUUGGAGCCGGUCCUUCGCUCCAGGUUCUCACCGAUGAGACGGACCCCGUGUGUCUCCGACACAGAGCUACCAGAUUACGGAGCGUGGAAUUCGGUAGAGUCGCUCGUCAGAGGUACCGUCUCUGAUUCUGGCGCGGUUUCCAACAGCGAAGAUCUUUCGGACCUUGAUGAAGCCAUCGAAUCCUGCCGCAGAGAUCUUGCUUCUCAGGCCGAUGAUCGGGCUGUUUUGCUCGACAAGCUUGCUGUGGCCCUUUAUUCUCGAUUCACCAGGCAGACAGACAAAUUCCGCGAUGACAGCACCAUAUCAGAGUCAAUCGAACUUCAUGACGAAGCCCUGAAGCUGCGGUGCGCGCCUCAUCCGGAACGUGCGUCUUCCCUUCACAAUCUUGCUCUCGCGUAUCAUGCCCUGUAUAUGACACGCUACAAUACUCCCAGUAUGGAUUCAUUGCUCGAUACAUCCGUGUCUCUCUUCCGCGAAGCUCUUCUAUUGCGUCCUCUUCCUCACCCGGAUCGUUCAUCCACCUUGAAUGGUCUUGGGGUUGCACUCCACACACGCUUUGAGCAUGGGGGAAAACGUUUAGACCUAGAUGAAUCUAUCAUGCUGCACAGAGAAGCUCUCGAUCUUUGUCCUUUCCAUCAUCCAGACCGCGCAUCGACUCUCACCAACUUGGCGGCAGCACUUCAGACCCGCUCAGUGCAGACCCGCCAACCGCAAGAUCUUCGAGAGGCAAUUACUUUGCACGACGCGGCGUUGGACUUACGCCCUGAGCCACACCCGGAGCGUCCAGUCUCUCUUCAUAAGUUGGGACUCGCUCACCAUGCACUGUUUUGCGUACAGCGCAGUUUAUCGGACUUAGACGUAUCAAUUGCGUAUUAUCGUGGCGGACUCGCGCUGCAAUCUGACAUGCACCCAGGUCGCCCGUCUUCCCUUAGUGAUCUCGCCGUUGCGCUACGUAGUCGAUACCAAAGGAUGCGCGAGUUGAAGGACUUAGACGACGCACUUGGGCUGCAUCGCGAAGCCCUCCUUUUGCUCCCAGAAGGCCAUUACGACCGCAUACCGUGUCUGAUAAAUCUCGCCAAUGUUCUCAUCCUCCGAUUCGAAGAAAUCGGCAGGGCGAAGGAUCUGGACAUCGCCAUUGAGUUGUGCCGCGAGACGCUCCAAGGCUUUCAUCGCCACGACCGUGACAAUCCUGUUCAGUCUCUCAUCCUGGAGCCCUUCGGUCGCGCUCUUGUUGCCAGGUUCUUGCGGGCAGAUGAGGUCGGGAAUUCUGGACAAGAUCUCAUGGAUGCCGCUGAUGCCUACCAAGCAAUUGUCGAUUCCUACUCUACUCCGCUCUCGCAGCGAUUUCCUGCCGCACGGAUGUGGGCACGGCUCUCAGAUGCGAUGGACGACGGACACGGGCUCGCUUUGCAGCAAUACCGAAUUACGAUUGAGCUGCUUCCGCUCUUGGCCGGGGCUGGUGUAGAUGUGCAGUCCCGCCAACGCGCGCUGACACUGGGCACGGACGGCCUCGCUCGCGAGGCGGCGGCCUGUGCAAUUCGUCAGCAGAAAUACCCCGAAGCAGUCGAACUCCUCGAAGCAGGGCGAGCGGUGUUCUGGUCCCUCGCGCUGCAACUUCGUACGCCCCUCCAUGACCUUGAGGCGGCCCAUCCUCAGCUUGCACGAAGAUUUUUGGAUAUAUCGCAUUCGCUGGAGCAAGGCGCGCUUCGGGACAUGUCUGGAACGACAUCCGGAUCUGAGGGCUCCAAUGUGUCCUCGGAGAAGGAAAACACCCGAUAUCGCCAGCUGGAGGCAGAUUGGAUGGAGCUCAUUGAGCAGAUUCGGGCCCAAGAUGGAUUUCACAACUUCCUUGAGCACAGGAGGUUUGACACCCUAUCCGCUGCAGCAGCAAAUGGCAUUGUUGUCAUCUUGAAUGCAAGCAGCUUUAGAGCGGAGUGUGAUGCGCUAGCGCUAGUUGGUUCUGAGGUCGUUCACAUCCCCCUUAAAAAUCUCACAUAUCGACAAGUAGAGCUACUCGCCAAACACAUACGAAUGAUUUGUGGCACCUCCUUCCCCUCCGUUCCUCAAAGCCGAGGCGUUAUCAUCCUGCCCCAUAAGGCCAAGGACGCUGACUCUGUCCUGCGCGACGUGCUUGGCAUCUUGUGGAAAUUGCUGACGCGACCAAUCUUUGAAAGCUUAAGGCUGAAGGCAAGCAUUUUGACAUGUAGGCUUAAGUCCAACUCUCCCCCUCGUUUGUGGUGGAUGGCCACUGGUCCUUUUGCAUCUUUGCCGAUUCAUGCUGCUGGGGUGUACGAUCCUAAUGGAGACACGCUGUGUGUGAACGACUAUGUCGUGUCAUCCUAUACACCUACUUUGAAUGCUCUUCUCGCCGAGCGUCCCCCUACUACAGAAGAGUUCAAGAUGCUUGUCGCUAUACAGCCUACGACUCCAGGACAGCAAUCAUUGAAAUUUACUACGGAGGAGCUGCGCAUGAUCGAGAAGCAUAUACCUGCUAAAUGUCUGAUCACAUACGGUAGCACUCCCGGAAAGCCUACUCUAGUGCAAAACAUUCUGCGCGACAUGCCUGCUGUCUCAAUUGCCCAUUUCGCAUGCCAUGGAGUCCAAGACGCGCGAAAUCCUCUCAACAGUGCGCUUUUGUUGGACGAUCGACUCAGAGUAUCCAAGCUGAUGGAACUCGACAUGCGGAAUGCGUCGCUAGUGUUUCUCAGCGCAUGUCAGACAGCAGCAGGCGAUGAGCAGUUGCCAGAUGAACCAAUGCAUCUUGCUGCGACUCUGCUGUUCACUGGGUUCCGGGAGGCAGUUGCCACUAUGUGGUCGAUCCAUGACGAAGAUGGUCCCCGUGUUGCAGACGCUUUUUAUCAUAAUCUCCUAGCAAGCCGAAACCCUCACACUCAGAAUACUCCUGAUUAUACCUCGGCAGCUCAUGCCCUUCAUUGCGCCAUCAAGGUGCUUUGCGCUGAGGGGUGUUCUUUGAUGCGCUGGGUUCCUUUCAUUCAUCUUGGUCUCUAA